AUGGGGAGGGCCACCGGCUCGUCUAGAAAGCUUCUCGGAAGAGCUCCGCUCCCAAUCGUACUAUCAUUGUUGGCUGCUCACGAAAUAGCGGAAGCGCUUGAACGGAAUGGGUGUCGAUACGACCUAUACUACUUCCAGGAAGGCCGCCGAUACUAUAUUGCCGCUGCGCCCGACGUGAACUUGACGUAUUUGGUCGGAGGCAUUCCCGAGCUUUGGAGGGGCUCCCGGGGAUGGCGGAUCGAUCUCAUACAUGCACCAUUGCCAGAAGCUCCGCCACAGGCGGUCGCAGCUACGUCGCCCACUACCGUACCUGAUACUAAGAGGACAACUGCGCAGGCGACAGAUGCAUCAUCCAUCCCGGUGGAUGAUGUCGAGAGAGAUGAUACACCGGCGGCAUCACAGCCUGCUCUUGCAAAUGCCAUACAGAGUGAUGGUGCAGAGGCAGCAUCCACAUCGCCCGCUAUCGCAACUGAAAGCAAGAAUGAUGCCGCACCUGUGGCAGCCAUAUCACCUGCUUCGGCACAAGUUGCACACAAUUAUGCACCCAAAGAUACACUGAAUGACACCGCACAGCCGGCAACCACACCACCCAUUCCCUCAACUGGUCCACAAAUUGACGCCCCAAAGUUGAAUCCCAAACCUGCUUGGCAGACUCCGGGAAAUGCCAGCUCGAUGACCGAUAUCAAAACUCCUUCAAAGGACAGAGACUGGCAGAUGCAAUAUCCCACACUUGGUGAGAGCAUGGCGAUGCGCAAUCAGCAGAAACGAGCCCAAAGAAAUGCAGGUGAUCGAAACGACACUCCAACUUCGGAGCGCGCUCCAUUGGAAGAUGAGACGGCCAGCCACGCAGAAUGUGCUGAGGAAAGCGAGCCAGGGUCUGCCGACGACUUAAGGCAAGAGGAGGAAGACCGCAUCGGCGAGCUGGGAUCUGCAUCUCUGGAUAAUCAGUCUGCCGUCACAGUUAUGCAACAACCUACAAUUGCAAACGAUCGCGAGCCAGAAGAAAUGGAGCCCGCCGAGACGCUUGAGUCUGCACAUGUGGACGACAAGCCAGCAGGUCAGGCGGAGCAAGCUGAACAACACUCGAGCACCCCAGCAAGUGAUAGCGAACAUAUGGCGGAAGACGCAAUUGGGGAACUGCAGUCAUUGCUACGGACGGAGGCAGACAGCCCGGCAGGACGCACUGAAAUCGCCUCGUCGCUUCCUGCGAGCGAUCCCGAGGCAGAAGCAACGAAGCCUCCAUCUUUCAGCGGCAAGGGCUAUGUGAAAGUUGACUUUGAGGAGCAUCAGGGGUCGAAAGCAUCCAAAAGGGCUCAAAGAGCUGAGAAGAAGGAGGAGAAGCGUCGACGGCACCAGGCUGCACAGAGAGACUGA